UGUCUCUCGUCUGCCGUCUGCUGCUGCAUGUUAUUUUUUUGUAUUGAGUGAGUGGAAGUGUGGAAUACCUCGUGAUUUUAAUUGAAAAGAUAAUUAUUGUAAACAACUUGCUAAUUAAUUUCUAUUCAUUGUUUUAAAUUCAUGGCAGCCUCCGCUCACCAACCAAAAUUGAAAUUUCCAUAUCGUGUAUCAUUAGUUCACUACUACAUAAAAAUGUAACGUAGUUUAUUGUACCCACAUUUUUGAUAAAAUAUUGAGCUUGCGUAUAAAAAUUAGUAAUAAUGUCUUCGGAUAAUAUAAGUGCUCAUGACCGAGCGUCAUUAGAGAAGUUUUCAAAGUUUUUUACCCUAAAAGUGGCUCAGAUAGUUGUGCAAAGUCGCCAAGGCAAGAAAAUUGUUCAGAGCAACAAAGAUGAACCGAUUUUACCUGAAGACAGUCAAAUGUCUCCGCCACCUCAGGCGCAGCUAGGCGUUGACUCGUUCAAUCUGGCCAUUCCUGAAGUUCCUGAAGUGACUAUAGACACUAAGCGAGUGCUGAACGGUGAAGUAGUUGCCGCAUUAAGUCAAGUUUUCAUUGUUGAGAUUUCACUAACAACUAGUGACGGAGAUGAGAUGAUUCUAGAGCUAUGGACCAUAAAAAUGGACCCAGAGUGUGACCCAGCCAUGAACUCAUUGUCAACAAUUUACUAUCGCAUGGGGAUCAUGCUGAAGUCAACCCUCACCAUAUCCCGCAUAGUUCCCGCAUACAAAAUAUCCAGAUGCCAGAGUUCAGAGUCGUACAAAAUCUCAUACAGGAUAUAUUCUGGUCAGCCUGACACAGAUCUUCUAGGUGAAGGGUUCAGAAGUAUUCGAGUGAGUGAACUGGGAACUCCCUGUGGAACAAUACAGAUCGCCCUCAACUACCGGACGGUGAUGACACUGUCUCCAAGCAAAAAACCAAAGACUGAAUCUAUCAUGGUCAAAAGCGACCACUUCCCAUAUGACAGUCCAAAGAAAGAUCCCCACGAAAAAAGAGUUAUAGAUUUGAACAAGCCGCUCACAGCCGGUGCUUUUGUGGACACGGAGAGGAUCAGGGAGCUGCAUGACACCCUCAGCCAGCAGCUGCCUCCGGAGCCUCCCAUGUCCUGGAUCCUUGAUGAGAAAGAGAAGAUGGAUAUGCAAAAGAAACAACGGUCCAUAUCCGAGAGCCAGGCGGCCGCCAAGGCUGACGCCCAGGUGACUUCCUCGUCGGUCCCCAACGCUUCCCAUUCCAAAGCCAUCGAGGUGCCAACCAAGAACCGUUACUACUCUGAAAGCCAAAAAUACUCCAAGAUGAUGGAGUUUCCCUUCGCGGACGGUAGCCCGAUCACAGAGCUGGCCAACUUCUACCAGGAGUGUCUUCACGCGAGGUCCCAGAGCGACGAGUGGUGCGACAUCGUGGAGGAGCAAUCAGCUUCGAGCGACUCUGACGCCCUCUCGCGGCAGCUCAAGAUCUUCGAAGAUGCCGUCCCUGAGUUUGACAGUAUGGUUGCCUCUAUGUUCAGCAACUCGGAAAACGGAGAGGGCUAGAUAGUAACUGCUCUGGGUAAGUUAACCGGGACGUGACAUACUCACAAAUAUUAACCACUGUGCUUUGUAACUACAGUUGUUUGUAUUUAAUUCACGUUUAAUCUGACGACAUGGUCGUACUAGAUUGUAUUAGUUAGGCGACUUUCCCGGUUACUGGUUGUCUUGUUGGUUUGGUAAGGAUGUUAUUUAUGCUCAUUGUUAAGUAAUGGGUCGAAAUGUGAUUGACAGAAAUGUAUACUAAGGAAUUUUGUAUGUUUAAUUAAAGCGAGGCGUAGAUAUGGAAAGUAAAAAUGUACUCAUAAAUAUAGUCAAUAGACGUUUUGUAAUUCAAAGAAUUGAGGAAGUAAGCCAAGGUACUGAUGAUUGGAGAUGCUGACAGUAUGAAAACUAGUUUUGUAUUAUGAUUUAAUUAGAAUCGUACAAAAAUAUUUAUUAUGUGCUCUUUAUUUUAUUAUUUUAAAAUAUCGUAGCAUUAUUGUAAAAUACAAUUAUUUGACAUUUGUAAAAACAAAAUUUCAGAUAAUUCCCAUUUGAAUAUGGUAUAAUAAUUUUAAUUAGUAGCGCUGUACUAAAAGUUUAAAUAAUAAUUUCUAGUCUUGUAUUUUAUUAAUUGUUUUGUGAAAGUACCUGUCGUGGUAUAAUUCAUAAAUCCUACUUUUUACCAGUAGGCUUAUUUUGAUAAAUGCUCAGAUCCAGGCAAAAUUUAUAACGUUUAAUUAUGAUUAUUUAGAUACUUCCUCCAUUCCUUUCGUAUACUCAUUUUUCAAGCAACAAUUUAGGUUGUUAUUGUUUCUUUCAAUAUAAUUUUAGGAUCUUCUUUCUUCUUAAUUUUCUGAAACGUGCUUAACAGUUUGUACCGGAAUCAGGUGUUUAUUAAGGUUGUUUAUGUUUAUGAUACAGAAAUGUUUAUAAAUAAUAGAGGCCUAUUAAAAACUCAUUAAAAGGUACUUUUAGACAAACAUAACUGAGUCACUGACCUCUACUCAAUCACUAUUUUGUAAAUGAUAAUAAAUGUGAAAUCAUUAGUGGUUUAGAGUAGUAAACAGUGCAGUUUUCUGGCAUAAGAUUGCCAUGGACAAGCAGAUUUCAAAGUUACAAAUUAGUUUUAAAGUAAAUUAUUGACAAUUAUUAUUAUUUGUGUCUAUAAAAGCUAUAUUAUUGGAUGUUAUUAUAUUCCUUUUAUGUCGUAGCAGGAUCAGCAAAUUAUCGCAAAGUUAAAAAAACAUUUAUGGUGUGAACUUGUAUGUUGAGUGUAAUAAGUAGCAUUCUUCUCAUAGUUUAUUAAAAGCGUCUUAUUUCUGAAUUCGGUGAUUUAAUUUAGUUGUGUUUGUGACGUUUUAUUUGUGCCAAUAAAAUUUAAAAGUAAGAGUGACCUAAGAAUAACAGAAUACUUAUUGUUAACAAUUUAUUAUAGAAAAUCUAAAGUUAUUCUCAAAGUGUUGCUAGAUUUUAAGACUGAUUGCAAAGUCAAUCAGAAAUAUUUAUUGUCAGUAUGUUCAAAUAAUGUACCUACCUACCCAUUGUUCAAAGCAUGACUAAAAAUAUAUAACACCAAAAUAAUUGAUUGGGAGUAUUAAAUUCGUUAUGUUGUUUAUCGUUGUUGAUUAUAUAAUAAGAUGUACUUAUGCAAAUUGUAUGUUAUCAAAAUUAGUGACCAAUACUCAAAUGUUGAUGCCUAGUCAAAUGUUAAUGAAAUUGUUUUAUAUUGUAUUCUACAUAGGGCAAAUUCUUUAGGCACACAUCUUAAAUUCUGAACCUCAUGUUCUAAAAAAAGAAAAGAUGUAAGUAUGCCUUUUGAAUAAGCCUUCAUUAUUUUGGACGUUACUGAAUACUUUUUAAACUUCUUGUAAUUAUUUACAUACUUAAUUGCUCUCUCAGUUCCUCUCAAUUAACAAGUUCUGAAAUGUAAAGUACCUACUAGCAUUACCCUUAAUUAUUGUAUACUUUUAUUUUGUCACUGUAGUUAUAAUCAGCAUAAUAACAAUAAUAAGGUAUUAACAACUUUCAAAAUCAGUCAGAUGAUCAACUUUAUGAAGCUGUCACAAUAUACAGAGUAAUUUUAUCAGUGAGCUUCCUGAACCGCCUUCAGUCACAAUGUAUGUACCGUGUAUUGAGCAGAUAAAGGGUCUAAUGUACAAUAAAAUAACGAUUGUUUUCUUCAAUUUCGCAGUAAGUCUCAUAAUUGUUCAGUACGUAGGGUAUAUUUACUAAUGUGUAAGUGAAUGCCUAGAUCGCCCAGCUCCUCCAGAGUUCACCCUAAUGCUUAUAGCGGCGGGGGUGGCUGAUUACGUUUGUGGAUUAGCCUUUAUGCCGUGACCACGUCAUUAGAGACCUAGAUCUCUUCCUCUAAAUGAGAAAGAGAGACGAUGGUUGUUCUUAACAUCUAGACACUCAAUUCAUGAGUCUCGUGUACCUACUCCUAAUUCAGCAUUAAACCGGGGUUGGAUGGAGUUGGAUUCAAGGUUUUUUAUGCUUUCGCUGUAUGCAGACCUGUGAGUCUAAUGGAUCUGGGCACAAACGGGGAGGGUUUAUUCACUGAGAAGGGCAUGUUUUGUUUUGUAAAUUUUUCAUCAACAUGUUGGUUGAGAAUGAUUGUGAUGUGUGAAUCAAGUUCACCUUUAUAACGUGGUGCUGCCAUACUGCUGCUAAAAAUGUCUAAUAAAAUCAUGAAACAUGAAAAGUAUUUGUACCAUUUGUAGUGCCACAUGUUUGUAUUAAUGUUUGAUAACUUUAAGUUAGAGUGUGGCAGCAGUCAGCACCAUCAUAAAAUUAUGCUGCUGGUUAUAUAUGUAUAUUAUACUGUCAUUUAUUAUACGGUAGGUAUUAUUGAUUGUAGUAAUUAAUUCAGAUUACAUUGACUGGCGCACACAUUUUACUUAAUUAAUUUAUGUACCCAUUGAAGGCUUGUUUCACAAUCUUAGACAGUGUUUCAUGAUUAUAUUAAGCCAAAGAACCAAUUACCUACCAUAUUAUCUGUUUGUGAGGAAGUACCUACCAUAACCAAAUAUGAUAUAAAAGUCAUAAUUUUUAGCAAAAUGUUGGAUAAACAUGAAAGCCUGUUGUUAAUGAUAAUACAUUUCGCGACGGGCUGAGGUCAUAACGGGCCGUUAUCCGUUGUCGCUAACAAGAUGCCUCACAUAGAUAUCUCCUAAAAAUACAAAACUACCAUCAACUGCAGAGAAUGCAUGCUGGCCUGAUUCACACUCACUCCGUUUUGUUCUACUUGUAUUUAUUCCAUGGCUUUUUGUCUGUCAUUGUGGAGCAGUCGCUAAUUCACCCUUGUUAAUUUCAGUAAUGUUGGUUUAUUGUAUAGGUACCUAAUCACUAAAUUAAAGAAAGUACCUACUCGUUUAAUUGAUUUGAUGUGUCAACAUCGAAAUAUAUCUAUCUAGACGCUAUAAA